AUGGAAAAAGAUAAAAAGUGUAAUGGAUUUGUCAAAGGGAUUACAGAACACGAAGAUAAAGAGACGACGGUCACUGAAGAAUCCUGUGAACAAUUUGAAAGCAUAAAUGAAUCCAGUCCACAAGAGUAUCCAAGCUCCAUUCCUUGUCAAACACAAGAUGACGCUCCUUAUCAAACGAAUUUAUUUAGUUACGAAGACACUGAACAUCACCCAAACUAUCAUUUCGGGCUGAUACGAGGCUAUCACAGAGAAAUGUAUGAAGAACAACAGCCUAGCAGCCAGCAAUGGUUCUUAUGUUGUCAAUCAUUGGAUCAAGACACUGUUCGUCGAAUCAAACGGCGCAAUCGCGUGCUAUCUUAUCAAGUAACGGGUAUUUUGUGUGGAGCUGUUUUUGUUUUUUUUGGGAUAACCUCUUUAAUUCUAACAUUUAUUGUCUCCUCAGAUGAGACGAAGGAAUAUUUGUGGCGUUCACUGGAUAUUCCGUCUCUGUAUAUACAUAUUAUAGCAAUAGUAGGCUUAACUAUCCUGACAUUAGGAAGUGCGUUGGUGUCAUUCUGUUUACUUGUGCCGACAUGUCUCGGACGAAUACACGGACAAGAUGUUCCAAGGUUUUGGUGUACAACAGGGGACUUGUAUGUCAAGCAUGCGGAGGAAAUGGCUCCAAAUCAAUUUCUAUAUUUUGACGCGGCGCUUUAUGGGAAUUUUGUUGGAAAUCCCAACGUGAAAAAAGUACAGCCUGAACUCGGAAAUGAGAAAGAUUAA